AACGUAAGCCGACAGGAUACUAGGAUUGUACAUUUGAAAUUUUGAACCAAGUACUGAUCUGUCUGAUCUAUACGAUUAUAACAUUUUUUUUUUCACGUCGUAAAUAUAUAAACUGCGUAAUGUCUAUCGGUGUUCCUAUUAAAGUGUUGCACGAAGCUGAGGGACAUAUUGUCACAUGCGAAACAAUUGAUGGAGAAGUCUAUCGUGGUAAGCUUAUUGAGGCUGAAGACAACAUGAACUGUCAGGUAUCACAUGUGACAGUUACCUAUAGAGAUGGACGUGUUGCCCAGAUGGAGAAUGUCUAUGUAAGAGGAUCAAAAGUUCGUUUCAUUAUACUACCUGACAUGCUGCGGAAUGCUCCUAUGUUUAAAAGUAAAAUGACUAUGGGUGGAGCGGCAGGACGUGGAAAGAGUGGAAUGAUACGGUCAUCGGUUGGACGAGGUCGGGGUCGAGGUGGACCUCCGAUGGGUCGUGGAGGACCUCCUAUGGGACGCGGUGGACCUCCAGCAGCUGGAUCAUGGAAUCAAAGACGUUAAUAUUAUUAAAUGAUAUCAUUGUAAACACAACACUUACUUUUCUUUUAAGGGUUUUUAAAGGUCUUUAAGGAUCAUUUAAAUUCAAAUAUAUUUUAAAAAAUGAAUGUAUUCAAAUUAUUUUGAAAUAAAUUCUUUACUCCAAA